AUCCUCGUUAGUAAAUUAGGUUAUGAUGUUUUAUAAGCCAUAUAUAUUAAAAUGAGUGAAACUGAAAAGUUGCAUGAUGCUGAAAGCGAAGAUAGCAUCGUUAGUGAGAUAGAACUUCCAAACUCGGUGGGCGACACAAAAUCAAAUACGACAAGGGAAACUAUAUUAGAAUACUCUGGUACUGAGACGACCACUCGACCAAAAGCAACUCUCUAUUUCCACGAUGGUGUUCGUUUCAUAGACUAUGUGAUUGCGUAUCAAGACAACGAUGAGCAUGAACAUGAUAAGGACGAUGGGCAACGGCAACAUUACGAAGAAAAUCUGGAGAAAGCGGGUCUGAUGUUGGAACGAGAACCGAAAGAGCAAUCGCAAGACCAAAACACAUACUUUGUGAAAGUGCAUGUUCCUUGGCCUAUUCUGCUUAAAUAUGCUGAGAGAAUGAAGAUGAAGAUGCCGUUGAAGGAAGAGAGGAGGGAGGAGUUCAUGAAGGAUUCUUCUGAGAUUUGUGGAUGUGUGAAAACUUUGUAUAGAAAACUUGUUGCGCCUUGUGUAUUGAACACUGAAGAAAUGACAGAGAUGGAGGAACCAGACUACUAUACGACCGAGUUUGUUCGGGACAAGAUGGAUUUCUUUGACAUUCAAGACGAGAAAUCAUUUUUUGCGAAUUCACAAAGAUCACGAAUCGCCCACCGAAUUAUGAGUGAAACAAGAUACGGUCCUAAGAGAGUUAACAUUGGUAUUAACAAUCUCAUAUCAUCAGGAGUGUAUGAAUGUGCCUUCCCUUUGCAUGAGGGCAAACAUAAGAGCACUGAAAGCAAACUAGCAAUCAAUGCAAACAUGAGAAGGUUAUUAUACUGGGAAUGGGCAAGAUGGGGAAGGUGGUAUAAGUUUCAACCACUUGAUUUGAUAAGGAGUUACCUGGGUGACAAGAUAGCAUUGUAUUUUGCUUUUAUGGGAUUUUACACCAAACUCCUAUGGCCCGCUGCCAUGGUGGGUAUUGGGGUUCUAGUAUAUGGUGUAGUGACGCUUGUCACCUGGACUAAUGUCAGCCAGGAAAUUUGUGAUGAAACGUACCCAACGUAUGCUGGUAAUCUAACUAUGUGCCCACUGUGUGAUGAAGAUUGUAGCUACUGGAAAUUAAAGACAUCUUGUCUUGCUGCGAGGAUAACAUACGUGUUCGACAAUGAAGCGACGAUUUUCUUUGCUAUCUUUAUGUCAUUAUGGGCCACUAUGUUCCUUGAGUUUUGGAAACGCCGACAGUUUGAGCUUUCGUACGAAUGGGAUUUAGUCGAUUACGACGAGCAGAGGGACCUCGUACGGCCCGAGUUCGAAGCUCAAGUUACGAAGGAACGACUAAACCCGGUAACUGGUGACAUGGAGCCGUAUUUGGCAGCUAAGGACAAAUACACAAGGACAUGCUUGUCUCUUGUUACCGUGUUUUUCUGGAUCCUGGUGGUUAUAGCUGCGGUAUUUGCUGUCAUCGUAUACAGAUUGGCAAUAAGUGCUAUAUUUGCUGUCAGUGUGGAUUUAUCUUCACUGGGAGCCAUAGGAACCUUUGCAACACCUGCUAUGCUAACAACCAUCACUGCUUCUAUGCUGUCUCUUGUUAUCAUUAUGUGUCUUAACAAGGUGUAUGAAAAAGUAGCGAUAUGGCUGACUAAUAUGGAGCUCCCGCGAACGCAGACGGAGUUCGAGGACCGUUUUACGUUCAAGAUGUUUUGUUUCCAAUUUGUUAACUUUUAUUCCUAUCUCUUCUACAUCGCUUUCUUCAAAGGCACGAUAUCUGGGACCCCUGGACAUUAUACUUAUCUAUUCGGCUCAUGGAGAUGGGAACAAUGCGAUGCUGGUGGGUGUAUGUAUGAGUUGUCCAUCCAACUAAUCAUCAUCAUGUUUGGAAAACAACUUUGGAAUAACUUUAUUGAGUUGGUGAUGCCAUGGUUGCAACAUAAAUACAGACAAUGGAAGUCCCAGAAAGUUUCAACUGAAAUGAAGGACAACGAAUAUACGAGAUGGGAACAGGAUUAUGAUUUGAAUCAAUUCACCGAGAUGGGAUUAUUUUAUGAAUAUCUUGAAAUGGUAAUACAGUUCGGCUUCGUCACAUUAUUUGUGGCUGCGUUUCCCCUCGCACCAGUGCUUGCACUUGUAAACAACAUUAUCGAGAUCAGACUUGAUGCAAAUAAGUUCAUCUGUGAACUCAGGCGACCAUUGGCACACAAAUGUUCAGAUAUUGGAGCUUGGUAUUAUUUACUGGAGUUCAUUGGUAACCUUGCAGUUGUCACAAAUGCGUUCACAAUUGCUAUAACAUCAGAAGCAAUACCUAAGCUGGUUUAUUAUUAUGUUUAUUCACUUGAUAUAUAUCCUUCCUCUACAUAUAAUGGAUAUGUAAACAACAGUAUGUCAUAUUUCAACACAUCUGACUUUGAAGCACGCAGCAUGCCAAAUAAUCCUGAUCCAUUCGGUGAAGGCAAUAUCACAACUUGCAGAUACCCUGGUUAUCUCUCCCCGCCAACAGCCAGCCCCAAAUAUGAAUACACGACCCAAUAUUGGCACAACAUUGCUGGGAAGCUAGCAUUUGUUAUCGUGGUUGAGCAUGUUGUGUUCUUUCUGAAACGAUUGUUGGACUACCUCAUACCAGACAGACCACGUAAACUACGAGAUAAGAUAAAGCGAGAGCAUUUCCUUGUACAACAUAUGCUGUUCAAAGCUGAAACUCAACAAUUGCUCAAACAACUUUCACAAGAUAACGAAGGCACUAGAGAGCUAUCCCCAGCACCUCGGUCUUCUACGAAGCAAUUCUACUCAGUUGAAAAUGAAAAAGAAACAACGCCGUUCUGAUUAAAUGCAAACAAUAUACAUGCAUUCUAAUAGAGCUUGACUUUAUACACUGGGUUUUAAUUUCUUUAGCUUAGUUAUAGCUUUUAAUAUUAGGACACACUAUUCUCAAAAUCUAUCCAAAGGUCCAUGGAAAAUUGACAAUGUUUUAAACCAGCAGUUCCUAAACUUUUGUAAAAAACUUUGCCCGGUGGACCCCUGCAAAUUAUUUUGAUAUUUCACGGCCCCAUAAAAAUCAAGGAAUGGUAUAGUUAUAGGAAAACCUACAUGGUAUAGGUAUAGGAGGGAUGAAAAAAACCACACCAAUGAAACAAAUUUUUUAUCGAAUCAUAAUCAUUGCUGUACAUUAAGGACCCUCUUAAACUGCUGUAUAAACCCCAGUUAGCGAACCACUGUUUAAACUAUGUAUUGCUACUACCAUAUACAACUUAACAUGGGUUUAAAGCUACAGGGCCUGUUUAUCACAAAUACACUUAUAUGUUCCUGUAUUGCAUGGGUAUUGUACAUACACCUUUUACUUGAUUCCAAUAUCUUCCUAAGCUUAUAAACAGAUGCUGUUAACUUAGGCGCCAAACCUGGGGUGGCAGGGUGGGGAACCUACUCUGACUUUGACACUGUAUUAAUCAGUAAACAAUAAAACUAAUGAGAUAAAAUUUAAUUUGUAGGAUUUUAUUUUAACCAUCCCUGCCUCCCUUGUGUUUUAAGUUUGGUCCCGAACUGUUGAUAUUCUGUUACUGCAAAGUAUUGUUCCCAUUAUCACUGCAGUAUGUAGUCACAAUGUAGCAAUUUCAAAGUAAUUAUCGCAAUGUGAACCUUUAGUUCAUUGGAAAUAAAAACUGUGACUUGACUG